GUGUUGCUGGGCGGAGCGGUUGGUGCGCGCCUGCGCGGUGUUGCGGGGCAGCGGCGAUGGCGUAUCAGCUGUACCGGAACACGACGCUGGGCAACAGCCUGCAGGAGAGCUUGGACGAGCUGAUACAGUCCCAGCAGAUCACCCCUCAGUUGGCUCUUCAGGUCCUAUUACAGUUUGACAAAGCAAUCAACAAUGCCUUGGCUCAGAGAGUACGCAAUCGAGUCAACUUCAGGGGCUCUUUGAAUACGUACAGAUUCUGUGAUAACGUAUGGACAUUUGUCCUGAAUGAUGUGGAAUUCCGAGAGGUUACUGAACUAGUGAAAGUGGACAAAGUGAAGAUUGUAGCUUGCGAUGGCAAAAAUACUGGAUCAAAUGCUGCAGAAUGAUCUGUGACUGAAUGAGGGCCUUUCACUGCAGCAUGCAGAUCAGAUGUGUUGUGAAUGAUUUUGAUGCUUUAGACAGCGGUUGGCUGAUCUCUAACUGCUUCAUCCAAGAUGGAACAAAUAAUGGGGUGUAAGUGUAUCCCCAGGGUGUACAAUAUCAGUGAGAAUAUUACUUUUUAUAGACAGCGUAACUUUUUUAUGUUUGAAAGAUGAAUCUGUAAUAAAGUUUUACGUAACUGUUUUCUUUGCUCA